AUGAGCUCUCCGUCCGAGGCGGCAGACCCGACGAAGAGGGAAGAGUCUGGGGCAACGCAAGGGGAGGCUCAGCCAGCACCGGCGCCGGCACCGGCAGCAACUGCGGCGGCACACCCUGCGGCCACGGUAACCGACGAUGUUGACGAUGUUCCCGAUCCAGAUGAGGACGACCUGGAUGAUCUCGACGAGUUACUGGACGGCUUCAAGGCCGUCCGACAGGAGAUGAUCAACGACAACACGUUGAAGGAGGGGGCUGAAGCCACGGAGCUCGACUACGACAACAUGUCAGAAGAGGAGGUUACAAAGAGAAUGCAAGCAGGCAUAGCCGGUCUGCUGGCUAACUUGGAGCAAUCUCCCGAGCUGCAAGCUCAGUUUGAAGAAAUCAGCAAAGAGAAGAGCACGCCCGCCCCAAGUGCCAACCCGAGCGCCGCCGCAGCUGCUCCCGCGGCCGCUCCCGCCGCGGCUUCAACGGCAACCCCCCAGCCCGCUCGUGAGGGCGCUGGCGGCGCGGCGUUUCAAGACACCAUUCGCCGUACCAUGGAGCGCAUGCAGACUUCUGGCGAACAGGCUACCGCGGCGGCGGCGGCGGGAGGCGACGACGACUUCCUCUCCGAGAUGCUCAAGCAGCUGACGUCUGGCGACUUUGCCGGCGGCAGCGAAGAGGACUUCUCCAAGAUGCUCAUGGGCAUGAUGGAGCAGCUCACAAACAAGGAGAUCCUGUACGAGCCGAUGAAGGAGCUUCACGACAAGUUCCCCGCCUGGAUCGCCAAGAACAAAGACUCGGUUCCCGCCGACGACCUGAAGAGAUACAUGGAGCAAAAGACGAUUGUGGAGGAGAUUGUGGCCAAGUUCAACGAGCCCACCUACUCGGACUCUAACGCGGCCGAUAGGGAGUAUAUCGUGGACAGGAUGCAGAAGAUGCAAGCGGCAGGCUCGCCGCCGUCAGAUCUGGUCGGGGACAUGGCCUCUGCUCAGGAAGCGUUCAACUCGGCGGAAGACCAGUGCACCCCGCAAUAA